GCGCCUCCGGUGCCGGCACCGUUAUAGAGCUAUUGGGGAUAAGGGCUCUUACAAGGGGACCGAUGGCUGCAGCAAGGGCUCUUGCAAGGGGAACGACGAUGAGCCGGAUGUCACAGAGGGUAAAGGGAAGGGUGGCAAAAUGAGGCCGCCAGAGCCCGCUGUACCGCCCGGACGACCGAAAGCGAAAGCCAUGCCUGGCCGGUCCACCGGUCAAUGGGUGCAAUGUUGGAUGUGGAUGCCAGGAAGUGGCCCCCCAUAUGCACCCUGCCCCCCGUCAGACGUGAUUGCGGCCCGGCCGCCGGGACCUGGGUUUGGCAACGAAGUCGAAGUCGAGGAAGAGUCGCCAGGCCAUCCGGGUUUCACAGCGUCGACGGCGGCGGCGGCGCAUGCAUUACCUCCUCGUCCUGGCCCUUCGUCUCCGCGUGCGGCAGCGGAGGCUUGCAGAUGCAGAGGUACCACGGCGGCACACUCCACUGAGAAGCGCGAGUCUGAACAGAGAAAGCGCCGCAAUAAUGAGAGGAAGCGGCGGAGCAGAAGCAGUCACCGGCGUCGUUGAUGCCAUCAUGGGCAUCUAUCCCUUUGGGGUCUUCUGCCUGUCACGCCUGCUGCGUUUUUUUGAAGCCUAUACAGCAGCUGUAAAACAUGACAGAGCGUUUUUACUCCUGUGCGUUUUUUUCAAACCGACCUGUUGCUGCACAGCCGUAAAACAAAA